CCCACUUGAGAGUCCCCGACGCGAAACUCAAUGACCAGUUCGCAUCGAGGCUUCUCAUUCCCCACCCCGCGUCUUGGCUCUCGGGGAGCAGAGCGCCGUUCAGCCCGUAUCUAGCUCGCCAACAUGGCUGUUUCGUCGAUGCGGGCAGCCGGACAUCAUUCCCCAUGGGCGAUCGGGUCAUCGCAUCGGACGUUUAGCGGGGAGGCGAACGACACGGCUUGUGUCGUGUCAACUGUCCAGCAUCGCCACGAGAAGACACAGUCUCAAGUCGAUGGCAGCACCCAGCAAGACAAGAUGCCGGGGGGGUAUAAGGGGGAAACAUUCUGCUGCAACAGCAGGAUGCAACAAACAGAAAGGCAUCGAGCUUCCCCUUGACAGCCGAACAUCAUUACCACAGCAUCAUACACCAUGGCGCCGUCGCUGGAACUCUAUGAGAAAGCCACCGAGGGCUUGCCCGUCAAGCCCAAUGUCACCAACACCCAUGGUGUCCCGGCGGCCGUCGCUGACUUGAAGCUCGAGAGCUCCGACAAGCACGAUAGGGUGUUGAAAGUGUUUAGAGCUUUUAUCGCCGACCUCUGCCAGCAGUUCAAUGGAGGACAUCCCGGCUCCGCGAUGGGCAUGGCCGCGAUUGGGGUUGCUCUGUACAAGUAUGUUAUGAAGUACUCCCCCUCAAACUGCGAGUACUUCAACCGUGAUCGUUUCGUCCUCUCCAACGGCCAUGCAUGCCUAUGGCAAUAUCUCUUCAUGCACCUCGUCGGUGUGAAGAGCAUGACAAUCGAUCAGCUCAAAUCAUACCACUCCGAGAAGACGGAUUCCCUGUGUCCGGGCCACCCCGAGAUCGAGAAUGAAGGCGUCGAAGUCACCACAGGACCGCUUGGCCAAGGCGUUGCCAACGCCGUCGGGCUGGCGAUGGCCACGAAGAACCUCGCGGCGACAUACAACCAGCCGGGCUACGAGGUUGUGAACAACAUGACGUGGUGCAUGAUUGGCGAUGCCUGCCUCCAGGAGGGCGUCGGCCUCGAGGCGGUGUCGCUGGCCGGCCACUGGAAGCUGAACAAUCUCUGCAUUAUUUACGACAACAACUCCAUCACAUGCGACGGGACGGCCGACGUGGCAAACACGGAGGAUAUCAACGCCAAGAUGAGGGCGACGGGUUGGAACGUUCUGGAGAUCCUCGACGGAAACUCCAACGUGGCUGCUAUUGCCAACGCUCUCAUCGCCGCGCGGAGCAGCGACCGCCCUACCUUCAUCAACAUCCACACGACGAUCGGCUUCGGUUCCGUCAAGGCCGGCGACGCAAAGACCCACGGCGCCGCCCUCGGCGUCGACGACGUCUCCAACAUCAAGGCGUCCUUCGGCCUCAACCCGGACGAGCACUUCGCCAUCCCCCAGGACGUCUACGACUUCUUCCGCGACGCCCCCGAGCGCGGACGCGCCUACGAGGCAGACUGGUCGGCCACCGUCCAGAAGUACACGGAGCGGUACCCGGACCUCGCCGCCGAGUUCAAGCUGCGGGUCGAGGGCAAGAUGCCGGAUGACUGGACCAAGUACAUCCCCGCCAAGGACCAGCUGCCGACUGCGCCUACGGCCACCCGCAAAUCGGCGGGCAUCGUGGGGAACCCCCUGGGCGAGAAGAUGAAGAACUUCCUCAUCGGCACCGCUGACCUCACCCCGUCAUGCAACGUCGCCUACAACCAGAAGGUUGACUUCCAAUCCCCCGAACUCCGGACCGCCUGCAACCUCAACGGCGACUACUCCGGCCGCUACAUCCACUACGGCAUCCGCGAACACGCCAUGUGUGCCAUCUCCAACGGCCUGGCGGCCUUCAGGAAGGGGACCUUCCUCCCCGUCACCAGCUCGUUCUUCAUGUUCUACCUCUACGCCGCACCGGCCGUCCGCAUGGCCGCGCUGCAGGGCCUCCAGCAGAUCCACAUCGCCACCCACGACAGCAUCGGCACGGGCGAGGACGGCCCGACGCACCAGCCCAUCGCCCUCCCGGCGCUGUACCGCGCCAUGCCCAACACCCUCUACAUCCGCCCGUGCGACUCGGAGGAGGUCGCCGGCGCCUUCAUCGCCGCCAUCGGCGCCGCCGAGACGCCGACCAUCAUCUCGCUCUCCCGCCAGACCCUCACGCAGUACCCCCAGCACUCGUCGAGGGACGGCGUCGCCAAGGGCGCGUACGUCUUCGCCGAGGCCGGCGACGACUUUGACGUCACCCUCAUCGGGGUCGGCUCGGAGAUGGGCUUCGCCAUGGAGACCAGGGACCUCCUCGCCGAGGACGGAAUCAAGGCGCGGGUCAUCUCGUUCCCCUGCCAGCGCCUCUUCGAGCAGCAGUCCCGGGAGUACAAGCAGUCCGUCCUGAAGCCGCGGUCCGGCAGGCCGGCCGUCGUCAUCGAGGCCUACGCCGCCAACGGCUGGGAGCGCUACGCCGACGCGGCCUUCUCGAUGCGCCGGUUCGGCAAGAGCCUGCCGUCAAAGGCCGCGUACGACUACUUCGGCUUCCGCCCGGCGAGGAUGGCGCCCGAGAUCAAGAAGCUUGUGGAGGAAGUGCGCAGGGACGGCAUCGAGGUGCUGCGCGGGGACUUUAGGGACCUGAACGGUCCUUUGGGAGUCGGUUUUGAGCACUAGAAGGGGCGGGGCUGGAUUGCAACGAGGUAUUGACUGUAAUGAAUGAGUCUUGCUGUGUUUGGGAGAAACACACGCGGCAAGUAGUUGUUUGAUGACGGUUUAGAAGCAGGGUUUCCAAACUUUUUUUACCUAUUUUUCAAGACAUGCUCUCAACUAUUCGAAUCGGUCAGCUGCCUACGUAUGCGGCGGGCUGAGCCUCCUGGGCGUAUGGGCGUACAAGGUGGGACCGGCGACAUCUGCAUGAACCGGAUCCCUACCGGAUCUGCCAGUUCGGCAACAUGUUGGUCUCGAUCCAAAU